UCGAGCUCCACACCGCCGCCGUUGUCCGCCGCUCCAUCGCGAGUAUGUCUGACAAAACUAGUAAAAACCCUUUUUCUCCAGAGUUAAAAACAGCAGAUAACAAACAGCAAAGAACCUCCGAACCGGGUGAUCAUUUUACCUCUUUUUCAACGAAUGAAAGGGGUACAGAAAAAUCGGAUAAAACGGACAACAAUGUGGAAUAUUCUUCCCAAGGGCAAGGCCUAGGCAGCGAAGCAGGAAACAGUAGUAAAGCUGUGCAGCCACAGACCACCACUGAAUCGUCAGGGCUGAACCCUUUCGUUGCCGUUGAGAAUUUGCCUAGCACAGUGGAUAGAGCUGGAGAUGAUGAUAAUGAGAGUGUCGAACCUAGGCCUAGUAAUACGCUGCAUCAACAAGUAGACGAAUCAAAGGAGGUCGAUGUGCAUCAAGCAGAGUUCUCAUUUGGUCCACAAUUACCAAAAAUAAAUUGUAAAGAGAAAAUUGUUAUUUGCUUUGAUCUGUCACCAGAGGUUGAUAGAGUAGAGUUUAUUGGAAGAGAUGGGACACCCUAUAACCCAUCAGCAUUAAUAAGGAGUGUUCUAAAUGUCUUCAUCCAAACGAAAAACUCAAUAAACCCCAAACACGAGUUUGCAUUAGUUUUACUUCAAGAGAAAGCAGUAUGGUUUCAGGAUUUCACGAAUGACCUCAAUGAUAUUAUCGGGGACCUCUAUGACCUUGACUUAGAAAAACCAGAUUGUGAGGAAUUUGACUUAACAUCAUUGUUUGAAGUCCUGUAUCAAAAUGUAGUGUUACCACCUGUAGAGGGCGAUAUUGAAUCUCUUCCACCUCCGUACAUAAUAAGGACAAUCAUGGUAUAUGGACGUUCAAAGUGUAUUCCCACAUUUGCUGCCAACAGACAAGUAUGUGAACAUUUCUUGAAGUCUCCUUAUUUCUUUAUGGAUGUGUUUUAUAUUCAUGAAACACCAACUGAUGAAAAUAAGUGCAAGGAAGUGUACGAUGUGUUUCUUGAUUUGGAUGAGCAGAACCGUUCUUACAUUAAUGAAGUUGGCAAAAACAUAACUCAACUGCAUGACAAAAUGGCAAUGUUUUUAGCACACCCAUUACAAAGGCCAUACCAACAACACUGCUAUUACACGUUAGAGGAAUCACAGGAAGACCUAUAAGCAAUAAACCAGACUUCUUGAUGUAAAUAUGUUGGCCCUUCAAUUUCACCUGUAUGUGAUAAUUGGUGAUAAGUCUUCGGUGGCUGAUCUAGAAAAUAGAACAUGUCUGAAUGGGGCAGGUUUGAGGUGUUCCCUCAUCUGUUUUGGUGGUCAAGGAAGUGUUCCCCUGGGAAUCUUUGGACUACACUUGGUUGGAGAUUUUUUGACUGAUGGCAGGGUUGGGAGUGAGCACCCCCUUCUGUCACCCACUGGAUGCCACUGACAAUUUUACCAGUCAGAUACCAGUUCCUACAGAUGUUGAUGAAUGGAUAUGACCAUGUGAAAACCACAUCUGUUUGAAUUCUGUACUAACAGGAAGAAAUAUGUACCUAGUUCAUUAUUUGAUAUCAAAAGGCUACUAUUAACUGAUGUAUUGUACCUGCAUUGCUUUUAAACAAUGUACUUCAAGUAGCACUAUCGUGAACCGAUGAUAUGUGCUUAUCUUUACAGUGAUGCUAACUGAUUAUAAUUUAUACCAUAACUGUAUACCACUAGUAUCUAUUUUAGACUCUUGGGCAGUUUCUGCUGAUGAAUUUCAAUUCUGCAAAUGAUGAAAUCUAACAAAUGCUGUGGCUCUUAUCCAAAAGUGAUUCUAAGCCGUUAGGUGUGGCGCUUAUUCAAGAGCGGCACUUAAUUGAACAUACUGUAUAUCAAGCAUAGUUUUUAUCUAUGGUUUUUGACUGCUGUACAAAUACUAAAUACACAAAUUAUUUGAACAACCCAUUUAUUCAUUUUGUAAAUAAAUUGAGAUAGUAUUCUCACGGUAAAAAACAAA